GAAAGGCCUAUCCAUGGUAUUAAAACAGUACAAGUCACAAGAGGCCGUUCUGGAUAUGGUUUUACAAUUUCAGGCCAGAAUCCUUGCAUUCUCAGCUGUAUUGUUGGAGGCAGUCCAGCAGACUUAGCGGGACUAAAGGCGGGAGACUACUUGUAUGUCGUAAAUGGCAUCAAUGUCUCACGCGCCUUACAUGAUGAUGUGGUGCGUAUGGUUGGUCAGUCUACUGGCACACUAGAACUUCAGGUAGCAGAGAACUACAACAGCUCUGAUUCUUCAGAAGAUGAUUAUUCUCCAAGAACAAAGACCAGAUAUCCAAAUCGUGUACGCCUUCGUCAGCAGACAGCAGGCACUAAGCAACUCCCAGGAAUGGCAUCUCGCCCUUUGCCUCAGAGACCUACUGAUAUGAAAGCCAGCCAUGGCAAACAGCGCAAUCAUGUUCCCAUUGGUGCUGAAUCAAGUGUGCCGGCUUCUCUGGCAUAUCCUUUAUCAUCUGCAGGUGAUGAGAAAAGUCCUGCUGAUUAUAAUGAGCAGACAAAUGCCCAUCGACAUGCACAUUAUGAAAGCAUAAAGGUUGGAAAAUCAGAUGGAAGGUACAGGAGUGCCAAGACCCACAGUAAGGAUGCUGAGAGCAGUACUACCGAUACAACUGGAGAAGGAUUUGCAUUUACAACCAUUCAGAACGGGCCUGUUGUCUCAACUGCCAAAAUCUCCUCAGGCAUUUCCAAGAGGCCAUUGUCUAGAGCUCAGGAACUCCAAACCAAGAACAUCAAUCCUCCUGUUUCCAGAGAAGGGGUCAUAAAAUAUGGUCAUGCUGUCGAUGAUGGUCAAGAUUUGGACCAUGAUGAAAAUGAGCAGAAUAUCGAUGAGAGUGAGACAGAAGAAGAAGAAGAGGGCAUUCCUCCAGUAGAACAUGGUACUAGAGCUGUGGUUGGCUAUAUUGGCUCCAUUGAGCUUCCAGGCAAUGCCACACGUCCCAAUCAACGCCUGCCUUUACGCAGUGCUGUUAGACGUCUCCGAAUAGAACAGAAGAUUCACACCCUGGUCUUGAUGGAGGUGAACCAAGGUGGUGUGCACUUGACCAGUAACACAGGGACAACUAUAGCUCACUAUUCUGUUGAGAAGUUGGCAUUCAGUGGUGUUUGUCCUGAUGACAAACGUUUUUUUGGCAUUGUGACAUUACAUUCAGCAUCAGAUGAUGUCAGUGAGUUCAGUGGUACCCAAGAAGAAAGAUCUCCAAGCAGCUCUUGCCAUAUUUUCAUGGUUGAUCCUGACAUGUGCUCUCAUAUUCUUCACUGUCAUAAAGCCAGAGCUUUCAAUCUUCAAUGCACUCCAAGUCCUAGUGCACAGAGAUGCCUCGAGUUUCCCUUGUCCCCUACUCAUUUGAUUCUCUGCAUUGCCAGUCUGUACCGUCAUCGCCCUCGCAGUAAAUUAGACAAUGAGAUCAUUCAGUCACAUGCAUUUGCGGACCCAUCUCAACCUGCAGAACGGAGUAAUAGCAACAGCAGCAACAGUGACAGCGGACUGGGGUUUGGUCGUGAAGAUGGAGCAGCCGAGCAAGUAUGUGUAGUGGAUAUGCCUUCUGGUGGAAAUCCUACUGCAGCUGGUAGUGCCUUUCAACCAUGCCAAAAAGGGCAGUCCCAACUACACCCUCUUUUGCCUGGCAUGCCUCUGUCAGCCACUAGAGGUAUGCAACGACCACUGUCUGCAUUUGAAAUACGCCGUGGCCUCAACAACUCGUCCAGCAGUGAAGAAUGCUGGGUAGGCCACAGGCGGACAGAUAAACUGACACCCCGUGCAAUGCCAGAUCCUGCAAAUGUCAGUCUUUUGCGUGCCACUUCUGCAGAAGGACUUGGACGUGGCCACAGUGCAGAGAACCUUCGGCAGAGCAUGCAGCGCCUUUUGCAGGCUCGCCAACAGCGGCUAGAGCAGGAUCAAGCUCUAAGCAGUGACAGUGAGUCCCAGACCUCCAGCCGAGUAAACACCAAUCUCUUUUCUUCGCACUCUGCCUUCCAGGUUCCACGUCCUGUCUCAGUGCCAUUGCAGUCUCAUGGCAGGCUUCAGAGAAGUUCUGAGGCUGUGGAAAUGGUGGACAUGCGGAUAGGCAAGCUAAGUCCGCGGGCUUUCAAGCAGCCAGGAGAUACAUUAAGGUCACCAUCCGCUCCACCCAUCCCGUAUUUUCCUCACCAAGAUUCUGAUGAUGAAGAUGAUGACACAGAAAGUGAAGAUGACCCCUUUGUUCGAAAGAUCAUCUCACAGUUCAACAGAGAUCGAUUGCUGGAUUUGGGUGAAGAGAAUCCAAGACGAUACUCAGAAGGAUUUGCUCUUACCCAGAAGAGAGACAGCGCGUGGGGCGAGGUGGUGGAGCUGCAGAAGUUGACGAAGACCGGAUCUUUCCGCCGCCCACAAAACACGAAGAUAAUGUCCAACAUCAGCCACUCCCAUGAGUCACUGGUGGUAGGUGAUGCGAACAGUAGCCAGGGUCAAAAGUUGCUAUCAGCCAACAGCGUCAACAGUAUUCUUCACACCUCAUCACCACCUGUUGAAGAUGAAGUAAGAUGUGUGGCAGGAUGGGCAGUUGGAUUCCAGCGUCUCCUUUCAGACCCUGAUGGGCUUAGAAUUUUUAAGGAGUUUUUGAAGAAAGAAUAUAGUGAAGAAAACAUCGACUUCUGGAGUGCAGUAGAAACUUACAGACAGAUUCCAGACUGUGAUCUGAAGAGGGUCAGAGCUUUAGAGAUCUUCAGCAAAUACCUUGACCACAAUGCUAGCAGCCCUGUGAAUGUGGACAGCUCUGCUCGCCUGUUUGCUGAGAGAUACUUCGACACCCCUACCUCCUCCAUGUUUGACAUGGCACAGCAGCAGGUUUUCCAUUUGAUGCGGCAGGACAGCUAUGUGCGCUUCCUGAAAUCUGACCUUUACAAGGGUCUCUUAAUGCGAGAAAUGGAAGGCCACUCACUUCCUUUGGCUGAUACUGAAAUGCCUCCACCUACUGGUGAUACAAAGAAGAAGAAAGGUAAAGGCAAAGAAAACGAAGAGAAGAGGAGGAGAUCUUUGCUGCCAUGGCGCCAAAACAAGAAGUCCAACAAGAAGACGUCAUCAGACUCUGAGCUUAAGCAGCCAGGUAAAGGGUUGGACAAGAAGGGAAAAGAAGAAGUCAGAGAAGAAGUCAACAAUAACAUGAAGAAGGCCCCAGGGCCAGGCAUUGACCUUAGCACAAUGAGGAAAGAAGUUUUUCAUCCCAGAGAGUCAAAUAAUGCAGAGGGCACCACAGAACAGGUGAGGUUCUGUAGAGUUAUGAUGCCAGAUGGAUCAACUACAGUUGUGUGCACCCGCCCUGGACAGAACAUCCGCACGGUCCUGGGCAAACUGUGUGAGAAGCGAGCCCUGUCCAUAGCAGCAGUUGAAGUCUUCUUGUUUGGUUCUGACAAGCCCUUAGACCUGGGAGACGAUGUUUCAACGUUGGGUUCAAAGGAAGUGGUGAUAGAACGGCGGGUCCUGUUUCGUCUGGAUCUCCCCACGCACAAGUCGAUUGGUGUCAAGGCCAAACCCAAUCGUUCAAUCCGGGAUGUCUUCAAGCCUAUUCUGAACAAGUAUGGCUACCGCAUUGACAGUGUUGGCGUGCAGUUGUCAGGAAUGCCAGAGCUGCUUGAUAUCGACAUUCCAGUUUCGGACAUUGACAACCAGCGUGUCAUCAUUAUUCCCAAUGAGAGGGGAGAAAAUGCAGAGAGCUGUGCAGAGGGUGGUCAGGCCUCAACGAAGGCAGCUGUACCCACACACCACCGCAGAACUCCAUUUCUCUUGCCCUCCAGAAUUCGUGGGGGCAAGGGAGGCUCCUUGGAAGAGAUAACAAACAAAAUUUUUGAUGACUUGAUGAAGGGAAAGUCUGAGCUGGCCCAUACCUUUGAUGAUCUUGGGGUGGUGGACUUGGAGCGUUCCAAGGGACACAGAAGCACAGACGAUCAUCGCUCUUUGGGUUUAUUCGGCCGUCUGAAAAAAGACACAUGGGGGGCAAAAGACAGAACAAAGCAGAAGAACAAGGGCCGAGUAACAUUUUCACUGCCCCGCAAUGAUGCUAGGAAAAAUGAGAAAGUGGAAGAAGAUGAACACCUGAUGGAGCUGAUAGCCCACAACCAGUGUCAGCAGCUUCAGGCAGAAUGUCAAGCUACUGGAGAGCACCAGGCUAGAUCAGAUUUUCUCUGCACAGAUGCUGUUGAACAUGUGGAUGUGGAUACAUUCAACAGCUUGUUUGACUUUCGUCCAGUGAGCAUCUUCUCAAACGAUGCAGAUGGCUCUUUGUUGCCUCCACCUGACAUGUUUGAUGAUGUGCAGUACAUGCACUCCGGUGUUGAUGGCACCAUGGCAGACUUUGAUGAAGAGUUUGUUGAUGGUGCUGCAGCUGGUGAUCAGAGUCUCCAGAUGCGUGGUGGCUUCAGCACGUUUUUACCAAAAAGGAAGCAAGUAACACGUGAUCAAACUUUAGUGGCAGACAAACAUAACCCUUACCUCAGCAUGCACCCUGUGAUUGUAGAUACCAAGAUGGGAGAGGAAGAGAAAGAUGAAAGCCCCAGUUCUGGUCCAAGUCGAAGCCUCCACACCAUCUUUGAGACAAUUUCUUCUCAUUCUAGUGGUGCUAACUCCAUCCGUGCUUUCAGCCCAGGAGUAGGACAGGGACAAGAUCAAGUCUUAUCCACAGAAAAGAGUCCACCAGUGCUGAGUUUAGACAAUCAGACAUCACAGAAUGAUCCCGAGAAACAGCAGAGACCUGUUCCUGCAAGGAGACGGCUUCUAGAUCAAAAUAACAGUUCUUCCUUGUCUAUCAUACCUAACUCCCAGCUGACCACCAGUUCAGUCCAGGACCAGGAUUUGACCACUAGAAGCAGUUCUCUAGGAUCAUCUAGCUCUCCUAGCAAUGUGAACACUAAACAGAGUUCAUCUUCCAUUCCACCUUCUCGGCCCUUGCACCCACCGACUUACUCUACUGCCAUGGGAAUGCGGGAAGCUUUAGGUCAAAGCCAUGCCUCAUUUUCUGGCGCUGGUACAUCACUUUCUAGGUCACAGUUAACUAAUACUCUCAACAUAGGUAGACGGCACAGCCAAGCAAACAUUAGUUUUCUUAAUGACAAUCCUUCACCUGCAGGUGCUAACAUAGAAACAGAGCCUGUUAGAGAUCACAGAUCGUACCCUUUAAGUGCAAGAGACAGUCCAAAGACUGGACCGAGAGAACCCCUGCCAGGCUAUCAUGACAGUGCAUUCAGAAGUGACAAACUUCGUAAGUAUUCUACAAAUGGUAGUCAUCCCAGUAAACAUAUUGCAACAUCAAAGCAACAGGCAGUGAAUGCAGUAGAAGAGUUUUUGAAAGAUAGCAUCAAAGAUGAUCCUCUUUGGAGCCGGUCACAAACUCCAGAUGUGAUAGCCUCUCGUAGGUCUCGUACACCAGAUGUGAUCUCCCCUAACAAGAGGCUCCUAAGCUUAUCAAGAAAAGAAGAGGAGGCCAGUAUCAAGUCUGUUGUAGUUGCAGCUGAGGUGCACCACCAUACACGUUUGCAGACGCCAGACUUGCAGUUCAAUCCCCCAUCAUGUACUUUUGACACUGACUCUUUCUCAGACCUAACUGUGACCUUCGUCUGACAGAGCACUACAGUGCAUCGCAUGAACAGCCAAAAAUAAGUGGCAGGAAGGGGAUUGUAUUGUGUAUGCCACUUUUGCUUGACAGGAAGAUACAAACAGCAGGUGCAAGAGAUUAAAUACAGUGAAGCUAUGUGCUGUCAACCUUUAAAAACUGUAAAUAUUUUAAUUUUGCAUGUGCUUAUGCAGAUGCGUGUUAUGUUACAGAUAAAGACGACGUCGAUUGAUGAUGGACAACAGUAUUAGAAAGAUGUAAAGUGAUAUCCUAGUACAUAUUGACUGUUCCCCUCACCUGUGUGGAUUGUAUAAGGUGUAAGUUAAAGCAUAUCUGUACAUGGUGUGCACGAGUGUAUGCUUAUAUGACUUCAUAGGUGACAGAAAUUCUACUGGAUAUUAUAGAUGUAAUCAAUAGAUUGUAUUUUAGCCAUACUUGUGCUGGGCUUAAGCCAGAAUAUUGUAAACUGUUAAAGAAGUGAAAACUUUUGGCCAGUCAAAAGCAUCUUUAGGCAUGCUUUUUUUCCCCCUUUCGCCUGAUAGGCUAAAAUAAGAAAAAAUGAAGCAAAGAUAAUACAGCACUUUUUUUCUGUUUACACCAGUCUCUGGUGCUUUUGGCAGACAUUUUGUGAACUGAUCAUUCUAGUUGUGUAGAAUGGCAGACGUUCUGAUGGUUGUGCUUUAGUAACAUUAGGCCGGCGACAACAUUUUAUUUUUCAUCCUCCUAAUCAUUUUCUUCAUUGCUCGGUCCUGCAGAAUUAUUACUCUAACAUUACCAACUAGUUCAUUAAAACUGAGAGAUGAAUGUUUUUAAGCAGCAUAAAAGUGCAUAGGACUUAAACUAGCAUGAAACAGUUUAUCUUGUACAUUUGUAUUUUUUAGAAGCCUAAAUGAAAGCAGCAGUCCAAAGAUGUAAUUACUGCUUAUGUUCAUGUUUUUCUUGUUUUUAAUUGAGUUUCAAUGUGCUUUGAAUCAUGGCAAAGGUUUGUGAAGACUGCAAUCAAAACUACAUGCAUUCAAACUGCCACUUAAUCUAGAGCAGUCAAGACAAAGAUUACUAGCAUGCUUUUUAGUUUCUCUUACGGCUUCAAGUUUAAGCACUUGUAUUAUCUUUCAUCUACUAUACACUGGCAGGCACAUUCAAGUUACAAUGGUGACAUUCUGCUGAGAUUUUUGUAAAUGACUUUAUAUCAGAAAAGAACACCAAGACCUCAGAGGUUACAGUACUAGUACUCAAGGUGCAAGUAACAUCAUAACAGUGUCUCAUACUUCACAUAUGAACGCAAAAAAAAGGUUGAUAAAUAAUCAGACUUUCUCUAUACCACCCAUUUACAAUUGCAGCAGCCAUUAUUGUAUAGUGCAGGCAGGUUUAGUCUGCAUAGCUGGACCUGAUCAGCAUUCUGUAGCUCACACGCACUUAUAGCAUCAUUACAUAAUCCCCUCUGUUUUGCUUUGAAUAAGUGGUAAAGCUAUGAAGAUUGUUGCCUUUUAAUCCCAAUUUUUCCUUUCUAUGUUCCAUGUAUUUAGAAGUGAAAGAGAAGUGUGAUAGCUUGCUGGUUUUUUUAUCUCCAUAUUUUAUCACCUCGUUCUCAACUUUAAAAUUUGAGGCUCAGACAAUAUUAGCUGUUUACUAAGAAGCUCUUUUAAACUGCAUCAACAACAACACAUUGCAAACAAAGCAGAAAUGUUUUCAAUAAACUGCUCAGAAUUUCAUUAAAAUGGAUUUUAAAUUUACUAUCAAAGACUGCUGUUUCUCAGCUCCUGUUAUAAGGAUGGACCAUUGCAAAAGUGCGUCUGUGUUAUGCUUUAAAAAAAAUUAAUGUAUUACCUAUUGUACAGGACAUGGUGAUGGACUAGUAUUACCAUUCACAGGUUUUUGCAGUAAUGUAUAAGGUUGUGGUUCUUAACCGGGGUUCUAUCGAACCCUAGGGGUUCGGUGAGUCGGUCUCAGGGGUUGGCGGAGCCUCUGCCACGGAGGUCGACACACCCGCAAUUCGUGAUGACACCAAAGAAGGAUUCGGUGAAUGUGCAUAUGAAACUUGUGGGUUCGGUACCUCAAACAAGGUUAAGAACCACUGGUAUAAGGUUUACCAUUGUGUAGGCAUGUCCUUGACAUUGAUUUAACUACAACUUAGGCUAUAGACAGAAGUUUUAAAGGGUUGUAAAUUUUUGAGCGUUUGAGAUCUAGGCUUUUAAACUAGGAACUUCACCUGUUAAGAACAUAACCAGACUAGAAAAGAAUAUUCUCUCAAAUAAAUGAUGGUUCACUAGAUAUUUCACGAUUUUUUUUUUUUUUUUAAGCAGAGCUGUAUAUUAUGAAGUCUUGACAUAAAAUUGACAAAGAAACAUCUCUGGUCAGCAGAUCUGAGCAAGAACCUGUUAAAAAUCAGAUCUUUCCUGUACUGCCUGUAAAAACAAAACAAAAAUCCCACAAAAUCUCCAUGGAACUGUCCUCAAAAAAACAGCAGCAGAUGCCAGAGACAACUUAAUACACAUUUUAAACAUCGGGGAUACCAAGGAGAAGUAGCAGCUCUCUUCAUCACAAAAGAAAAGAUUGAAGUGCGACAGGCAUGGACUCUGGUGUGCUAAAGAAACAUGUUUCAUUACAAAUAGUGAGCAAGAUUGAUGCAGGACCCAUCCACAGUUGACACUCCUAUACUUCAUUCCUUAAAAUAGUUUGAGCCUUUUGUCCAUUAUUCACACAAAAACAACCCCUGCCUUAGUCUGUUUAAAUCACCCUAUUACCCUAAAUAACAUUGACAUUUUUAAUAACUUCUUAAUCACUAAAUGAAAUAAAGUCUUACAGUUGCAAACUCUUUGUCAAAGUAACAAAUUUACAUUGUGAGCAGCUUUUGAUUUAAAUAUUAACUAGUCCACAUAAAGCUUGCCUGUGUUGAGGUUUUCACCUUUGUGCCCUGGUGGAGAGAACAUCUAUUAGCUGCUAUUACUGUCAACACCUUUCUUUACAAGUGCAGGGAGUUAUGCAAGAGCUUGAGUGAAUAUGUAGUGGUUUAUGCAUGAACAGCAUACUAUUAAUCAGUUCAACUAUAAACCCAGUUACUUGUAAUGACUUUAAAUAAGUUAUUUCAAUAAAGUACUGACAUUUUG